CCUCACCUCUACUCCAUCAUAUCCCGCUUUCCAACACCAGAACGCCGAGUCUGCAAAGUUUCCUACAAUCUCUUUGAUUUCGUCGACCUCCAACGCUCGUGGUUUGGCAAACUCGUUACCCGCCCAUUUGAUUUUCAACUGCACAUCACUGGCACUAACAGGAUUCGGAUUCAGUGCUUUGCCGCCUUGUCGUCCUACGUGGCUGAGCUGCGCGAUAAACAGUGAACCGUGGGCCUUUGCCGCCUUGACUAAUUUCUUGUACUGCUCUAGGCGUCCGUCAUGAUUGGAAACGAAGAUAGGAUUACCGAACGCUUCCACGGCAUCGUGACGGACCAUGAGGUUGCCCCCUACAAUCACGCCAAUGCCCUAGCAACAGCGUUAGAUGACCAAAGUUACUACGUCUCGCUGCUGACGGUGGUGGUAACGCACUCCCUCGCCCCAUCGCUCGUAGAGCCGGAUCAUAUCCUCGCCAGGAACACCACGAGCCAACUGAAUCACACGUUAGAACGUCCUUGACGCGAUAACAAAUACAGGGGAUAUGCAUUACUAGGUCUUCUGCGUGGUUCUCGGGCCAAGGACAUAGUCGCUCAGUCAUGGGCGCCUUCAGGAACCUGUUCGGCGCCACCUUGCCCGAGAAAGGAAAAACAAUCUUUUCUUUCAUAAUCGAGACGUCUACUUUCUCUCCUUGAACACGGAGAUGGCCUCUACCAUCGCCAUGCUGUCCUGGGCCCAGCGGCGACUCUGUCGUCGCCUGGUCAUGUUUGACCGUCAUGGUGGAAAAAGGGAUCUGAACGAGCACACCCGAUCACGUAGAAGUACAUUUCAUAGCGUGUUAUCACCUAUAUAUACGAAACUCAUACAAGGCCCUAAGCUAGCGGUAGCCGACAGCGGGAGUACUCCGCCGAUACGGUGCUGGGCAAGUACAGGAAAGAUAAAUCACCGAGCCAGAUCGAGAAGUGCCGAGAAGUCACGGGACCUGCGGCUGUUUCACCACACAUGGGCUACUUACGGCGUUAUGCUUUCCGACACCAGUUCUCUUUCCAUGGCGGACUUUCUUUCUGCACGAGGAAGCAAGGCAGAUAAAUAACUAGCCAUCACCUGUGGCUGUCGAUAACGACAGCUAUCUUUUUUAUCUGCCCCAAGAUCUGAAACUGGGCUUACUCUGACAGUCACAAUGCAGUGUUACAGCUUGGCGAAUGAAGAUCUCAGUGGUUCCCAUUUUGGUGUUAGCGGCGGAGUUCAUGCUUGAAACAGCGAAUCAUCGCGUGCCCAUUGACAGUUAAAAUUCUAAAGUGAUUGUGGCGACAAAGCUCCCUCAAGCAAUUCGAUCGCUUUACGUCGGCGCUGGCCGAGGUCCUUACGCUCGGUAGCACCUUGUCGCAAGCACUUGCGCAGAUUAGGAAGUUGAGAAGCACUCUGAGCUUCGAAGGAUGAUCAGGCAACUUGAUGCGCGUCCGCAAGUGGUCAAUCUGUGCGGUUAUCAGAGACCAUCCCGGACCAAGAAGUCAUGGCAUUGACCCUAGGCUGUAGUUCGUGCGGGAAUGACCCCAACAAUGGUGGAGCAUUUCGUAGCACAAAAUGGAACUGUUUGCCAGCUAUUUUUUUUUAAUAUUCCAGCGUGACCAUCUCGAGUUCUUCUUUUGCCUAGCAGUUAUCUGCUGACUCCGGCCGCGAUGGUGGAGAAAUCCCAGCUUGCUCACAACCCAGACCUGGCACUGCACCCGUCGCGGGAGCACCACCACGAGCACUUACACCACUCCGCCGCAGCGGAGAAAGGACGAACAGACGAUGUAGUUUACACGAAGGGAACCACCGAUGAGCCUGGUGUGAUCCCUCCCCAGGACAUCAACGAUGACUCCCUUCACCGACGUCAUCAUCCGGAGCGGAAAAGCAUUGGCAAAGAUGGCGCCGCGUACGACGAGAAAGACUAUAAGUACGACGCCGAGAAAGGCAGCGUCAGCCCAGCACACACGGGCUCUGAAGAAGUGGACCCUCAACGACACACCAUUUCGCGAUUUUACAAGAAAUACCGGAUCGUGUUUCACCUUGUCAUAGCGGCAUUCUUCACCGGGUAGGUCGUGCCCUUCUUACUUCUCCGUGCUAUGAAAGAAGAAGCGCUGAGAGCACUUGCUGAUGAUACGCGAAGUUGGUGGAUCGCGUCCCUUGUUCUUCACAGACAUGACAAGAAUUGGAUCAUUCCGUUCCUGCUAUGGCUGGCGAUCAUCCUCCGUCUCAUAUUCUGGCACGUGCCAAUCAGCAUUCUCUCAAAGCCCAUGCACUGGGUAUGGAACAACACCGGUGUCCGCGUGUGCAACAUGAUCCCAGAGAAGCUUAGAGUUCCUGCCGGGGCGCUCUUGGUCAUCGCCGUUAUUGUUGUUGGAGCAAUGGCUAGCGAGGAGACCGCUGACAACACACGCGACAACCGUGCCGUAAGUUUAUUCGGUCUCAUCGUCUUCUUGUUCGUGCUUUGGGCGACGUCCAAGAACCGAAAGAUGAUCAAUUGGCAUCCGGUAAUCGUUGGAAUGCUUGUCCAGUUCAUCAUUGGUCUCUUCGUUCUUCGCACCAAAGCUGGCAACGACAUCUUCGACUUUGUCUCCGAGCUGGCCAGAGAUCUCUUAGGUUUUGCAAAUGACGGUGUGAUCUUCUUAACCGACAAAUCGGUCCCGAGCAUUGGCUGGUUCCUUGUCGGUGUUAUCCCACCGAUCAUCUUCUUCGUUGCAUUUGUGCAGCUUCUAUACUACUGGGGAGUUCUUCAGUGGUUUAUCGGGAAAUUCGCCGUCUUCUUUUUCUGGUCUAUGCGUGUAUCUGGUGCAGAGGCUGUGGUCGCCGCUGCAUCACCGUUCAUUGGCCAGGGCGAGUCUGCCAUGUUGAUUAGGCCAUUCGUUGCUCACCUUACCCAGGCGGAAUUGCAUCAGGUCAUGUGUUCUGGAUUUGCCACUAUUGCCGGCUCGGUAUUGGUCGCUUAUAUUCAGCUUGGCGUCAAUGGUCAAGCUCUAAUCUCAUCCUGUGUGAUGUCAAUUCCAGCGUCUUUGGCCGUUAGCAAGUUGAGAUUUCCAGAAGAAGAAGAAACUUUGACUGCUGGCCGCGUUGUCAUCCCAGACGAUGAGGAGCACAAGGCUGCAAAUUUUAUACAUGCCUUUGCAAACGGGGCGUGGUUAGGUAUCAAGAUUGCUGGUAUGAUCGUGGCCACACUUCUCUGCAUCAUUGCCCUUGUUGGCCUCAUUGAUGGUCUACUUACUUGGUGGGGACGAUAUAUCAACAUUGGUCCUGGCGAGUACGACUUGACCCUUGAGCUGAUCCUGGGCUACUUAUUCUAUCCCGUCGCAUUCUUGCUUGGUGUCUCACGCAAUGGCGACCUUCUGAAGGUCGCUCGCCUCAUCGGGGUCAAAAUUGUCGAGAACGAGUUCGUGGCAUACACCAUGCUCCAGCAGGAUUCUGCUUAUGCUGAUUUGAGUGGCCGCUCCCGCCUGAUUGCUACGUAUGCUCUUUGUGGCUUCGGCAAUUUUGGCUCGUUGGGUACUCAGGUCGGUGUGCUGUCACAGAUUUCACCUGGACGUAGCGGCGACGUUUCCCGGGUAGCUCUUAGUGCUUUGUUCACGGGUAUUUUGUCAACUCUUACUUCAGCUUCCAUCGCUGGACUGUUGGUCACAGACGAGACUGCAAUGUUUACCCCACCAACCUCGACCAAUGGCACGGCGAAAUUCUAGCUGUAGAGAUUAAGCUCAUCAUCUGUAGUUUCAAAGAGUAUAUUGACGCAUGGACGAGGUCAGAGUUCAUUAGCUUGUGAUUAUCGGUUCUUCAUCUCGUAAUGGAGAAAGACGCAAAUAUGCAAUCCCACUUCUUG